AUGCGCGCUGCCAGUAGCGUAUAUGAUUUUGGACUCUGUUCACUAGAGCCUGAUCUACCAACACAUGAAUAUGAUCUUGAUAGCCAGCAAGAUACGACAAUUCGCUUUAGAACAAGUAUCAGCAAUAGAGAAUGCGACGUCCAGCUCAUCUUCCAUCCCUUUCGUCGCACUUGCAACCUCACUUACCAUGAAUAUGAAAUCCGCUGUUCGCUCCCUCGUGGCACACCGCGAGACACGCUAUGCAAGCGAUCGAUCAUAAGCAUUGUGCACCAGAUCUAUGGGAGAUGCUUCUCUGCGAAGGCUGGGUACAGGCUUGCCGUGUUGGAAUCCGAACUCCGAUUGUCAUAUUCAGAAAACGAUCUCCCUAGGACCAACAAGCGCAGCCGUGAAGAUGACGAGGAAGUGAGAGCAAGCCAGAGAAGUAGACGGACCUGCAGCCCGCGCUCUGAAGAUGGCCUUCCCUCCUCAAGGGCAUUGACGCCGUUUGACUGCUCUGUAAACAGCGUUCCCCCUUCAAGGCCAUUCACAUUCGUUGACUGCAACCUCCAUGAUGGGCGCCCGCCGGUUCCUCCGUUGAACAAGCUCGCUGCUGUUGGUGUCCAAUGUUGGGUGCCAGAGAAGGUGACGAUUCAGGAUGUUCAGAAUUCGUACAAUAAUGAAAUAGAAUCUGGCCGUCUCCACUCUACACUUAUACCUCAUCUUCUAGCUGACAACACCCCGAACGCUACAUGGAAUCCCUACAAUCUGAGGGCGGCUGGGCUUUGCACGGCGUGUCUCAACACGGAGAAGAUAGACAGAUUGCACAAGCGGCUCCAGGGCAUCAAAGACGUGGUCCCAGUUGCAGCAAAGUGGAAAAAACAGAUCGAAAACCACGGGCUCACACCAGUGGCAAUGCUAGAAAUCCUCCGGGCUGCAUUUGGACACAGCCAUGCGAACCAGUUCCAGCCGAGGCCCGACAAAACUGGUUAUAGAACGCCUGCCAUGAUCUUAGUGAUGGCACAGUAUUUCUUCGACCAAGCUGGUGCCCUAGAGAAGAAGAGCACUGUCGCUCGCCGCGCAGUGGCAAUUGACCGAUUAGUUGGGUACGCUCUAAUGCGAGUAUUCGAGGUUGUCUACAAUCUGACUCCAGCUCAGAAACGGUAUCGUAAUCUAGCAUGCACCUGGGGCUGGAUCAUGUCGAAUCUACCGGGGUGGCGAGACCGGGAACUGCAGCUGUAUCUCAUACUUGUGCAUAAGGGUGGCGAAAAAGGACUCCGUGAGUUGUUGCAGCCGACUCUACCAGCGGCAGCUGGUGAAGUUGUGGCCCUCCUGGGCUCCGAAGCCUACACCGUGGCCGUCCCUAAAUCAGAAAGGAUUCCUGGGAUGGUUGCGGUCGUCAGGCACUUGCUCGGGGCCGAUAUAAGUAAUCUCGAGAUCUGCCGCGCAUUGGGACACGACGAUUGGGCCCUCGAUGAUUUCGAGGAACGGUUUCCAGACUCGUUUGAAUUUUUGACCUUGAAGCUCGAGACACCGCCGAAAUCUUCCAGGCAAGGCACCCAUAGGCAGACGACCCAUUCACCCAUAACUACCCCCGAUUUCAACACUGGCGCACCCAGCGCGGGCAAGAACAUCAAUCCGAUGUGGCUUCUUGCAGACGCUGCCACGCAACAUGAACA